AUGGCUCCAAAAUCUCAAAAACAAAAGAGCUCAGGUGACCGAAAAAAUUCCAAACGGAGCAAACCCAAACCAAUAUUACCUGAGAGUGAAGAAGCAGAAACUCUAAAUAUGGAGAGCAUGGGUCAUCCAGAAAUUUACCCUUUGGUGUUAACUACCCAGACCCAGGAAAUAUUUAACUGCCGAAUAGAUGAAGAUGUCACAGAUGAGCAACCUUAUAAGCUUAUCAAAAAAGAAGAUAUUUUUGCAGACUUUCAAAACAGAGCUGCAGUAUCUGAUUUCUAUCCAGUCAGAAAAGUUAUCCAAGAAUAUCCCGGAGAUGAGCUUCUGGUUGUUUAUGACAAAGACUUCAGAUAUGGACUUAACUUUUAUCUUAUUGGAACUGAAGAGGGCAAAGAAAACUAUUUAAAUCCUCCAGAAAUAGCAGAAGAACAGGAAGACUACAAGGAGCAUAUUAUAGAAGAUUUAUAUGUUUAUAGGCCACCUGUCUCUAAACCAUGGGUUUCUUUGGGCAGUGAAAAAGAAAUUGAGGAAGAAUCAGUUAAGGAAUCUACAAAACAGAUUACAUAUAUGAUUUCUCGAAAAAGAAGUAAAUUUGGAGCGCCAAUUAAGUUCAGUGACCAAAAUGCUUCCAGUAUAAAAGAUGCCUAUAUUGAGUGUACAGCCUACCCAGAUAGAAAUUUUACCCUCAAGCAACUCGAGAAAGAUGUUGGCAUGCAGGUAGUCCCCAAAGUCAAGGACACAAGUACUCAAACAAGAUGGACAUACCCCAAAAAUGCCACUACACAAUAUUAUCCAAGAGAAUUUUCAGAGGAGGAAAAAGAGAUAUUUGGACAAUCAAAGACUCUGAGUGACUUUCUUAAUAACGUGUCUAUAAGUGUUGAAAUAGCCCUGCAGCAAAAUGAAAUCAUGAACCCUUUUGUUGAUGACUGGAAGUGCCUGGCCGAAGAAGAAAGCACCUUUGGAGACAAAACUGAUACCCACCUGAAAGAGUACCAGUCCUUCACGGACCUUCAUAACCUAACGGAGAAGAUGGUCACCUCCGUCUCAUGGCAUCCAACUAUCUAUGGGCUAAUAGCCGUGUCAGUGGCUGUACGACUCUCCCUUGAAGAAAGAGUCCACUUUUCGGGUAAAUUAUUGCUGCAACCAUCACUGAUUCUUUUCUGGAGUUUCUCUGAUCCCAUACAUCCUCAGUUAAUGCUGGAGAGUCCAGAUGACAUCUUUUGCUUCAAGUUCUGUCCAAGUGACCCUAAUAUCAUUGCUGGAGGCUGCAUAAACGGGCAGAUUGUCAUGUGGGAUAUUACUGCACAUGCAGAUCGCAUAGAAAACAUCAAGACAGGUGGUAGUAGAAGUAAAAAAGCCACGCUCAAGCCUAUGUUUCUCCUUGAACCAGAUAGUAAUAAAGAAGCAACAUAUAUCAGACACUGUGCAGUCUCCUCAAUAGAAAAUGGUCAUAAGAAAGUAAUUACAGAUAUACAUUGGCUGCCUGACACAUUUGAGAUUAACAGAAUGGGUUCUGUCUUUGAGAAUCGAAGUGGAAUAUGCUGUCAGCUUGUCACAUGUUCAGCUGAUUGCACAAUAUGUUUUUGGGAUAUCAGACCACAGAAAGCUUUAACCCCACAAUCAGUAGAGAAAAAGAAAGAAGAAAAUAUUGAAAUACCUUUUGAUGUACCAUCUACAUUUCUGCAUCUUGAUCUCUCCUGGAAACCUCUCACUAAGAUAAGGCUGUCUAAGGGAGAAACAAAUUUAGACCACUGCCCAACCAAGCUCAGCCUGAGUGAAGACAAUCUUUGCAAGUCACAAGACAAAGUAUUAUUAGCCCAGAGCAAAACAGUGAAGGCAGGAGAGAUGAACCCGUACUACAAUCUGGAAGGUGGGUUGGCCAAUCAUCUCAAGCCAAUAGAGGACUUCUGCACAAAAUUCUUUGUGGGAACAGAGGAAGGUGGGGUGAUAUACACAGAUUGGAAAAUGGAAAGAGACUCUGAAACUGGCCGGUUGAUGGCAAAAAAGCCAGUGAACCUCUACACUGUCCAUGAUGGAGCUGUCCACACUGUUCAGAGGUCACCUUUUUACAAGGACAUUGUCCUCACCAUUGGGGGAUGGAAUGUGGCCAUCUGGAAAGAAGGUGUUACGACCGGACCCCUCCUUCAGUCAUCCUGUGCACCAAAAAAGUAUACCGCAGGCCACUGGUCCCUGACAAGGCCUGGAGUUUUCUAUAUUGGCCGAGAAGAUGGAUACAUCGAUAUCUGGGACCUUCUGGAGAAAACUCAUGAGCCAGCCCAGUCACAAAACAUCUGCAUAACUAUGAUCACCUACAUCAAACCCUGGACCUUUUCUGCAAAGCAGCAAUUUAUAGCCAUAGCUGAUUAUUAUGGAACACUGCAUAUAUUGGAAAUUCCUUGGACAUUAAGUCACCCUUCCACCAAUGAGGUAUCAAGCAUGAACUACUACUUCGAAAGAGAAGUCAAGCAUCUGGAAUAUAUAGAACAACGCAAGAAAAUUCGCGACCAAGAAAAGAAGGAAAUGGAGCUGGAGCUUGAGAAGAAGAAAACUAAAACGUAUCAGAAGUCAAAAGAACAGCUUGAGGCUGAAUUGAAAAGGGACUAUGAGAGUUACUUAGAACUGGAAAAGACCACCCUCAUCAACCUUGGCUUCCUCAAAGUGACAGAGAAGAUGUCAUUCAUGGACUUGUAG